CUCUGGUAAGCUGGGGAGGAGGAAGGGGGAGGAGUGUAACUUUUCGCAGCUCGGGAAACCCAAGGUUGUCUCUGGUUACUGCUGCCCGCUGCUGCGGGGGGGGGGGGGGGGGAGGAGGCGCGGGCGGCCGCUGCAGGAAGUACCAACUAGUCUCCUUCCACAAAGGCCAAAUGGUGGCAGGCUCCCUUGGGCUUCAUUAGUACGUGUGCACUCGCAGGAGUGGCUGCAGGAAGGGUGGCAGGAAGGAGGCUUUCCCUGAAUCGCAGCUUUUUAAUUUUGGCAGUCGUGACCGCUGCCUCUGUGGUAGCUACGAUUUGUGUAUUCGCUGCCGUCAGGUUUUUAAUAGCUGGUUUUGUUCGACUCGAUAAAGGUGUACGUUAGUCUGGCCUGCAAGUAGGUGGGUAAGACUGGAAGUGCAUAAGCUUGGCCUCUUCUGUGCAUGUCGUAAAUUCAUCUCACUAAUAGAUGCAGUUAAUAAUGUCUGCCCUAGAUAGGCCUGGAAUUUUUCAAACUGUGUUGGAACAGUUCAUUUCCAGAAACAGAGUCACAUCAUCCUGCCUUGGUAGGUGGCUUGGCCUUGUGGAUAGUUCAAGACUAUUGGAUGACUACACUUUAUGCAAAACCUGGAAUCUUCCUGCCUGGACUCCUUUCUGUUUUCUAAGGAUGUACUUCCUAACCAUGCGUCACUGGCAGCUGCACUGGACUUUCAGGCCCUAUGACAGAUGGAGCUGUGUUUUCCCCUCUAAAAUGGUGGCACGAGUCCUGUAUUGUCCAUAACGCACUUCUUGGUUCAUGUUGGGGAGAGGUCUAAAACGCAAGCUGAGUGACUAUGAGGAGAACAUGGCUGGCCUCUCGAGUGCCUUUGAUUCCAGUCGAAAUCUGCCAUACCUGCUUAAGAGGCAGUUGGUGCUUAAUAUGUGCCUCACCAAGUUACAGACAUACAAAAUGCUGGUGGAACCAAACUUGCACCGCUCUGUCCUCAUAGCCAACACAGUACGGCAAAUUCAAGAGGAAAUGAGACAGGAGAGUAAUCAGCAGCCAAGUAAUGUCUGCCCUGGCAUUGCUCCUAGUUCUCACAGCUACGGAGGGAUGGAAUCAUCUGGGAUUUCUCUCCAGUUGCCUUCAGGUAUUAGUCAGCAAGAGUCUAACUGUUGCGACUUGCGGUCUGUAGAAGACCCAAUUGAAAAUAGCCUGCUGAUAGUUUCAGAUGAUGAUAUGUCAUCUGCUAUUUCAUCUAUUCUGAAAGAUUUAGACUUUGUAGAAGAUAUAAGCCCACCUACUUGUCUGGUUCCUACUGGAGACGACCAGCCAAAGUUUCCAGAAAAUACUGGUCUAAAACUAGAAGAUGACAGACAGGAUUUGAAGGGAGCUGAAUGUGUGUUUGGUUCCUUUGAGAUUUCGAAUUCAACUAGUUACUUGAAGGAUUUGGCGAUAGAUGACAUUUUUGAAGAUAUUGACACUUCGAUGUAUGACUCAGACUUUUGUUGCCCUCCACUAAUGCCGCCCAGACCACCAUCUCUCGCUACAGAAGAACCGUUGAAAACCUUUCCAUCUUGUAAUUCUUCUUCAGCAAGCAACAUUCAGAUAUGUAGAACAGAUCUGAGUGAGUUGGACCACAUCAUGGAAAUUCUCGUUGGAUCCUGAUACUUGUUUUACCCAAAGAUACUUUUCAACUGCCACUUUUCGUUUGGUUUCAGGAUAAAAGCCACUGGAAAAGUUGUAAAGAAUUCUUUAAAACACAAACUGAAAUAAUUUGUCCAUAGUGGGAUUUUCUAAGUAAUUCCAAAACUUCAAAACCAAAAGAGUGGCAGAUUUAAAUUUUUUUUUUAAAGAAAUAUUUAUUUAUCACAACUGUGCAAUCAUCAUUUUCCUUCCAGGGGUAUGUGGAACAAUAGGCACAUACCCUUAUCACCCCUCAUGCCUCUUUCAAUAAACUUUUUUUAUGUGCAAUUUUUAAUUUGUCAGAAGAAAUUUACAUGCAAAACGAAUUUCAUAUGAGAUGAUCUUUUACAAAGCCUCACUUUAUUUUUAAUAUCAGAGUCUAUGCCAAGUUGGCAUCUGUCAAGUUGCGUAGUUGGAUUGUGUGGAUUGCAGAUGCGUUACUAGAGAUGGUAUAUUUUAAAAAUGAGACAAACUGCUUUCUUUUGGUCAGAAAAGCAGAUCAAGACACUUAUCAACGAAGUCUCUUGCAUUUUCUAAAGCAUUCAGAACUAUUUAUUUUUGUAAAUUUUAUAGUCUUUCUACAUUUUACUACGUUAUUUCAUCAUAGUUCAAAUAUAAUGGACUUCUAGUUGGAUAUGUUUAGCACUACCUCUGAGCUGAAAUGCUUUAACUCUUUCCAGUGCUUCGUCUAAGACUGCAGAUCUUUUUGUUUCUAUAUUUUUCUGGGGGAAAGUACUUCUAACUCAUUAAGCUGAUCUUUUGGCAAUGACCUAGCUGAUUUGUGAAAUCAAGGGUAUUCAAUGUUUAAAAACUUUUAAGUAUUUACAAAUGUAAUUUAUAUGUAGAUUGUGCAAUUUAACAUUUUUCCGUCAGUAUUAUGUGCUUAGAUUUUGAAUAAUCUUGGCGUUCUUUAAAUUAAAACUUAUUAUGUACAGGUAGCUUUUUAAUCUAUUUUGGAAAACACUGUCCUUCAACCUGCUUUCACUACAAAGUUUAAGAUGAUUUUUAUGUGCAAUAUUAUUUAAAAAGAUACACAUUUGUAAACCUGGCAUUGUGGAGAGAAACGCUUCAGACUUAAAACCUCUAGCACCUUUGGAGGAUACUGAAGAGAGUCAACAUUGCUGUAUCCUUUAAGAAACAAAGUUCAGAACACUUCUUACUACGCCAGUGCUUACUGCUUUGAAUACCCCUGAAAUACUCAUGGAUGCAUGGUGAGUCAGUGCUGAUGACUAAGUAUCAUCGUGCCGCUGUGUCGGUACCACGGAGCUCAGGGUCUGACCGCUCAGGCACAGCGCCGGGGCUGGGGCCUGCAUGGGCUUUGGAACAUCAUAGUGGCAGCUGCUGCUGCUGCUGCAGCCUGGCCCAGGGAAGGAGGGUGCAUUGGAUGGCAGGCGUGUAUAUAAGUAUAUAUAAGCACAUUCAUCAACUGAAGAUGAGAUUUGCAGUGAGAACUAUUUUUCCGUAAGGCAGUUUGGAUACUAUGUUUCAGCUUGAACAGAGGCCUGUAUUGAUCCUUGCUAUUGUCUUCUGAAUUACACACUUGCACAUUAGUUUUUGGGUUUGUUUUUUAAUUUUAUUUUAUUUUUUAAUUCUAAAACCUUUACUUCAUUCUUGAAAGCUGCAGCAUCUGUCUUGUGAAAAAUUUGCAGUUGUAAAAGCUUUGCUUUGGUUUGUUGUUUAGGGUCUGUUUUUCUGUUAUUCUGCUGAGACUUUUCAUGAAUGGGGCAUGGGCAGAGAUAAAAACCGUUGCCUGUGUGUUGCAUCUCACAGAAGUUGAAAUCCUGGCCCUGCUGAAGGGACCAGGGUGUCACAGAGUUAUUUCUAGUCUUAACUGAUGCUGUGGCACACCUACCCUGUGCAAAGAUCUUUUUUUUUACUGUGACUAUUUUGGUUAACAGCUGCCAUUACAGUUUGGUAUCCCAAACCAAUGGAGAAGCAGUUCAGGUCACAUCCUUGCAGCCAUCUGGGUUGUUUAGCAACCGAAGGGUAUAAAUGUAUUUAUAUGCAUAUAAUGUAUUGAUUCUAAUAUAAAACUUCUGAUCUAAAGUAUUUUGAAUUGCUGGUUAAAGGGAUUUGUUUGAAGAGUGUAUAAAUAGUUCUUGAAGAGGUACAGCUUCAGAAUGUACACAGAUUGUGCAUUGUGUAUAGACUACUCUGGCUUUUCCUCAGCCUCUUCUUUUGUAUUAAAGAUAUGACUGAAUAAAUCCUUGAAAUAUUAAGGGCCUUCUGCACUGUGAUGAAACAGAGUUGUGGUUAAAAAUGUCUUUAAAUUUAGUGAUGAGUGAUAAAAAGACAGCAUCCAAUUUCUUUUUGCAUUUGAAAAUAGGGAAUGUUACUAUGCAGUAAAAAUAUUUUGGUAUGAAAAUUGUAUCAUGUAGCAAAUAGUGAACACUUACUAAAAAUCCACAGACUCACCUUGCAGCCCCUGCAGAAACGUGAGAGGAGACGGCUUAUUCUUCAGCAUUCACAUGCUGAAGGUUUUUGUAUACUUUGGAAAAAGAAUAAAUUGUUGGUAAAUGUUUUAUCAACAAUGCAGAAUGCAUUUGUUGUUGAAGUGCUUGCUACAGAGCUCUGUUUCUAAUUGGUUGCUUGCAUCACAGUGCCAAGACCAUAAAUUGGUGUGUAAUGCAGUUCAGUUAUGUACAGAAUUAUGUGCAAAGGGAAGUUUAAUUUUUAAAUAUGCACAAAUUAAUUUUAAAAUUCUUCCAUGUAAAAUGAAGUUAGAGGCUAGUUGUGGUGGACCUAUUUAUUGUAUGUUUGGAAAUAAAAGCCACAGUUUUGCAGUUUAA